AUGGCUAUAAAAGGAAUAUCCUUAGAAGACGAGUACAAGAAGAACACAGGUACCACUCCAGAAGACAUCAAGAAGUUACGCGACUGGCUCAGCACACAGCCUCAUCUACCUGGAGAGUGUAUCACAGAUCUGGACUUGAUUCUGAUCUAUCAUUGCUGCGACCACAGCGCGGAGGUGUCCAAACAAGUGCUGGACCUGCAUUACACACUGCGGACGCUGUUCACCAACUUCUUCAAAGAUAGAGCCGUCGAUAAUAAGACAGAAGAUAAUCUUCAUAAUGUGUUACUCCAACCGCUCCCCACGCGGUCAAUAAAUGGCGACGCUGUAUUCUACUGCCGGUUGUUGGACUACGAGCCAAGAAACUUCGAAUUCGCCAAGUCACUCAGGUCAGUGCUAAUGAUCCUAGACUUAUGGCAGUUCGAAGAGGGCACGUGGCCAGGGUUCGUGCUGAUCUUCGACCUGGACGGCCUCAAGCUCGGACAUCUUACCAAGCUAGAUGUUCAGACUAUUCAGCAGUUCUUGUAUUAUUUGCAGGAAGCUAUGUUGGUAAAGGUGAAAGGGCUCCACUUCCUAAACGCGCCAUCAUUCAUGGACCGGCUGAUGAUGAUGAUCAAGCCGUUCAUGAAGAAGGAACUGCUGGAAGUUCUAACCAUACAUCAGAUCGGAGCCAAGACCUUGGACAAGUAUGUCCCGAUGACUGGCUUGCCGAAAGAAGCAGGCGGAGAGUUCAAGACGUUCAAUGAGUGUAGAGAUGAAAUGCUAGCCAGACUAAAAGCAAACAAAGACUUCUUUGUCCAAGAGAACAAGAAACGAGUGGUGGAAUCCAAGCGACCGGGAAAGCCUAAGACCAUCUCCGACAUAUUCGGUAGUGUGGAGGGAUCCUUCAAGAAACUCGACAUCGAUUAA